AUGUUCAUGUUGGACGUAGAAGGCGACAGCUUUAACGUCACACGUGAAGGCUACUCCCACCUGAGUGACUCAGAAUGGAAGGUUGUCGGCCGCAUGAGUGUGCUCAUGGGCGAACCCGCCAUCAGUGGCAUGUUGGAGUCUCUAAACGUAGACGAACAACAUGCCACUUUCAACAAGUUCCUACAAGGGGAACUUGCCGUCAAACAACAGAAGAUAGCCUUGCUACAGCAGCAAGGCUCUCAUCAGUCGAUGGGUGGGCCGACGCACAUGCGUCGAACCGAACCCUUAAAGAUUGAUAUCUCAAGGUACAAGGGAACCGAUAAAGAUUCCCUUUUGAGAUGGUCCGUCGAGUUAGACGAUGCCAUCAGGGCCCGUCACGUCGAGGGUGACGAGAUGCAAGUCACCCUCGCCCUGUCAAGUUUGACGGGACGAGCAAAGACUUGGGCCUUAGGGCUCAAGCUUCACGACUCAUACGCGUUUGAGUCGUCGGAGAUCUUGAAGUCUCGGCUCAAAGAGACGUUUGAGCCGCCGAGAGCCGAGUGCAGAGCACGCUCUGCACUCCUGAGGCUUAAGCAAGGUAAGCGUGAUGUGCACGCUGAUACACAGCGCCUACGCUACCUUGCGAGUAGCGUCACUGAUAACUUUUUUGAUGAGCACACGCUCAUCAACGUGUUCAUCUAA